GCUUCUUCCUCUGGUGCCUUAUCUUCGACGAGUGACUGGCCAGAGAUUUCUAGAUUCUUGGUGGUUUGAUUUUGUGUCUGCUCGAGCCCGUGCUGUCGAUGGCACGCGUCGCCGUCGCAGUUAACUCUUCUCAGCCAUCUUCUUCCGGCGUGUAGUCUGAGGUUUCCCGGUUGCUUCGCUCCUCGACUAGGUUCCCGUGCUGUUACUUCCAGUUCGCGACGUUAUUCUUGCUUGCGAGAGACGGACUGGCUCCACUGUUGCCUUCCCCUCUCAUCCUCUCCCCUGACUCGAAGUCCGGCCCAAUUUUUGUUCCUCCAGGCUCCAGCGAGCGUUGGCAGUAAUUUUGGCUGUUCUACAAGUAUCCUAUCUUCACGUACUCUGGUUACCAUUAGCGUUGGCAGUAAUUGCCAUAGGGUCUCGGUGCAGUGGUUACCAUUAACGUCCUGUCUGUUCUACAAGAUCCUAUCUUCACGUACUCUGGUUUAAUUUUGGCUAUCUGAUUUCUCAGGUCCAUUCUGACCGAGCAAUUCGAAGUUGAGGAUGGAGGUGGUCACUGGUGCAAUGGGCACCCUACUGCCAACGCUCGCUGGCCUUCUUACGGACACGUACGACCUGCAGAAGAACACCAGGGGUGAGAUCAGGUUCCUCAAAGCGGAGCUGGAGAGCAUGGAGACAGCCCUCCUCAAGGUUUCCGAGGCACCGCUCGAUCAGCCACCCGACCUGCAAGUCAAGCUCUGGGCAAAGGAAGUCAGGGAGCUGUCCUAUGAAAUCGAGGACAACGUGGACAGAUUCCUCGUGCGCCUUAAAAGCCGCUCACAAAAGAACCCACACAGCUUCAUGGGUUUCAUCAACAAGAGCAUCGACCUGAUGACUAAGGCUAAAAUCCGACACAAGAUCGGCACCGACAUCAAAGACAUCAGGGGACGUAUCAAGGAGGUCAGUGAGCGGCGCGAUAGGUAUAAGGUUGACAGUAUUGUUCCCAAGCCUUCUGGGGUAACCACUGACAGCCUUCGCCUAUCAGCUCUAUACAAGGAGGCAAAGGAGCUCAUUGGCAUGGAAGAGAAGACGGAUGACCUAGUUAAUCGGCUGAGAGAGGGUGAGGGGGCGUCCAAGCAACAGCUCAAGAUAGUCUCCAUUGUCGGUUUUGGAGGCCUAGGCAAAACAACCCUUGCUAAUGUGGUUUAUCAGAAGCUUAAAUCGCGAUUCGAUUGUGGGGCAUUUGUUUCUGUGUCUCUUAAUCCUAACAUGGGGAAUAUUUUCAAACACAUGCUCCAUCAACUUGACAAGCACAACUACUUUAACAUCAAUGAAUCGACGUGGGGUGAAGCACAACUCAUCAACGAGCUAAGAGAUUUUCUUCUAAACAAGAGGUACUUUAUUGUGGUCGAUGACAUAUGGAACUAUUCUGUAUGGAAACAAAUCAAACAUGCUUUGAUUGAGAACGAAUGCGGGAGUAGAAUCAUCACAACAACUCGCAUUAUCGAUGUUGCCCAGCAAGCUGGUGAUGUUUACGACCUAAAGCCUCUUUCUCUCAUACACUCGAGAAGGUUAUUUUACCACAGAAUAUUUGGUGCUGAAGGCAAAUGUCCUUCUAAUCAAUUAGCUGAAGUGUCUAAUAACAUUAUAAACAGAUGCGGUGGAGUACCAUUAGCUAUUAUUACGACAGCAAGUAUUUUAGCCAGUAAAAAUGAAAAUGAUUGGUCCAAGGUGUACCAAGCUAUAGAUUCUGGGCUACAAGAUAGUCCUGAUCUCAAUGACAUGAGAAGGAUAUUAUCAGUCAGCUACUAUGACUUACCUCCGCAUCUGAAGACAUGUUUAUUGACUGUAAGUUUGUAUCCAGAGGAUUAUAGCAUUGUAGUUAGAGAUUUGAUAUGGCAAUGGAUUGGUGAAGGUUUUGUUCGGGAAGAACAUGGAAAGAGCUUGUAUGAAGUAGGAGAAGAUUACUUGAAUCAGCUCAUUAACAGAAACUUGAUCCAACCAGCAGAUAUCACUCACGAUAAAGCAAGCGCUUGUCGGGUACAUGAUAUGGUGCUUAAUCUCACCACUUCAUUGGCAAGGGAAGAGCAUUUUCUAGCCUUCGUAGGUGGUCAGCAAUUUGUCUCUGUACCACGUAAGAUUCGCCGACUAUCAGUCCACAGCCUAAAUGAAGACAAUUUGAAGCAGCUGGGAACCAUGAACUUGUCCCAUUUGAGGUCAUUCAGUUCGUCUUGCCGAUAUAUCAGUUUUUUGCCAGUCCUCGCAAGCUUUUCAGUCUUGCGUGCAUUGCAUUUAAGCCAUAAUUUGAGUGUGGGGAAUGAUCAUAUUAAGGUUAUCUGCAAUAUGUAUCACUUGAGGUAUUUAUGUCUACGCAACACAUCCAUCACUCAGAUCCCAGACGAGAUUGGGAAUCUGCAGUUCUUACAGGUUCUGGAAAUAAGUCAGACGCCUAUACAAGUGUUGCCAGCGUCAGUUGCUCGGCUAACACAACUAGUGUUCCUUCAUACUGGCACCUGGACAAGCCCGCCAGAAGGACUGGGGAAUUUAAAAUCUCUGCAAGAAUUGCUAGGUAUCUGGAUCACGUCCCCAUCCAUUCUGCAUGACCUGAGCAUGCUGACGGAAUUGAGGAAUCUUCGUAUCAGGUUCCAUGAAUGGAACGACAACUAUCAGAAAUCUUUCGGGAGUUGUCUCUGCAACUUGGUCAAUCUGAAAAGCAUCGAGAUAAGUGGUCUGGAUGGAAACAUAGAUUUUUCUUCUGAUCCUCAACAGAUUCAGUCCAUUUAUCUGACCUCUAUGACGAUUUGUACUAUGCCAAGAUGGAUUUCCUCACUCUGCAGCCUCUCUAGCCUUUUAAUCCAGCAUAUAAGAACAUUCAGAGAGGAGCACCUUCGAGUACUUGGCAGCAUGCCAUCUCUUCGUGAUCUAGAUAUAUGGGUGUCAGAAAGCACACAGGGCAGGCAUGAAAGGUUGGUGAUUGACAGCAGCUACCCGUUCAGGUGUUUAGCAAGGCUCAAGAUCGGCAGUCGCAUCAUGGAGAUGAAGUUCGCUCAAGGAGCAGUGCAAAAGCUAAAAACCCUUGAGAUAAUGUUAUCAGUGCGCCAGACGUUUGAUCGGUUUGGUGAUUUGGAUUUUGGCCUGGAGAACGCCUCUUCGCUUAAACAUGUCUAUGUUGGUAGGUGGUAUGCUGGGAGGUGGUCCAAACCGGACCCUGAAGAGGCAGAGGAUGUUAUUCGCAAAGCGCUCGAGAAGAAUCCCAGCAAGCCGACAGUUGAAUUUGGCAUGUUCAAGUUGUCACGGUGAACCGAAAAGAUGCUUCUAGAGACUGCUCAGUGGGGACGGACUGUGCCCGCCUUAAGGAUUUACAUCCGGAGAGGCCGAGACGCGGUCGGUUCGAUGCACGGUUGGGCUCCCCUAAUCCCGAUGAAGAAAGUCCUUGCAAUCUUCCAUCAAGGUAUGCGUCCUCGCCAUCUUCGCCGCAAUUUAAUCGAUUCUCGAUUCGCAUAAUCUUGAGUUCCGUUGACCCGUGUACGUAGAUUGUUGUAUGCAUGUUCUGCUAUUUGUCUCAAAACCGAUACAGUGGUGACUUCGUCAAUCUCAAGACCCUCCGGAUCAGUUCUUCGAUGCAGUCUCUUGGAGGUGCUCAUAGGGGUAGGGUGUGCGUGCGUGCGUUCAUAGGGGUGAGUGUGUGCGCGUAUGUGUGAGCGUCUUUAAUUGUACUGUUUUUCGCAAAAAAAAUUAAAGUUUUGUUUUCCAUCGCCGUGAUCGAGUUAUAUGUUCGCCAUCUAUUAUCGGCGUAGAUUUCAGUGGAGCACUUGUUUGGUGCCGUGAUAUCUACAGUUGUUGGCUAGGUUUGGUUUGAUUGUUCAGUGCUGAACCAUUUACGUCAGAGGAUACAUGUACUACGAUCUAAAUAUCCAAUUCCAGUGCUGCUGCGUGCAUUGAUGGAUUAUGACUUGCUGGCUAGGUUCGAUCUACUUAAGUUGAACCAUCUAUCCUAAUCAUAUUGCAAUCUGUAAAGUAUACUCGGUCCGUCCACAACUAGCACGGUCUGUAUUACCCUGUAAUACAAACCGGAGGAAACCCAACGAGAUAGAUUAUCACGUCCUAGUCGCAUGUUCUGAUUGAU